AUGAGCGCCAGCGGCCCGGCGGCUCCCGGGGACGGCCCCGCACUACCGCCGCCGCCGCCCGGGCCCGGCCCGGGGCCCGCAGCGCCCGCGCCCGCCGCCGCCGCCGCCCGGGACGCCAUGGACGGGCGCGCGGAGCCUCCUGCCUUCCCGCGGCCCGGAGCCCCUCCGCUUGCGGCCAGCGACACGGUGCCCGCGGCGCCCGAGGGGGCUGGCGCUGCCCGGCCCGCCCCGCCGCCGCGCCCCACCUCCUUCUCGGUGCUGGACAUCCUGGAUCCCAACAAGUUCAACAGCCGGCGACGCCGCUGCUUGCUGCUGGGACCCGUGGCGUCCGCCGCGUGCGCCCCGUGCGCCCCGGGCCCGUGCGUCCCGGCCCCCGCCGCCCCGGGACGCCCGCCGCGCGCGGAGGAGCUGGAGCGCCGCACGCUCGCCGCCGCGGGAGCCGCCGCCGGAACCGAGCCGCCCCGCGCUGGCGACCCCUACAAGGUGGAGGAGGCAGAAGUCAACGGCUACAGCAGCGGCGGCGGCCGCAGCCCCAGCGUAGACAGCGGGGACGAGGCGCCCGACGAGGAGGACGACGAGGACGCGGCACCCGGCGCGGAAGCAGCACGCGGGCCGGAGGAGGCGCGCGGCGGUGGUGGUGGUGGCGGCGGCAGCAGCGGGGCCCGCGGGUCGGGCUGUCCGGGCGCAGCCGAGGCCGAGGCGGCCCCGGGCGCCGUUGACGACUCUGGGAAUCCCGGGCCCCGCGGGAACUCUCCGGUCCCGGUCGCCGCCGGCCUCCCGGGCCCGUCGGCGGCUGGGGGCGCGGGGCCCGCCCCGCAGAGCGCGGCCAAGCCCAAGCGCAAACGCACGGGCUCCGACUCCAAGUCCGGGAAGCCGCGGCGAGCGCGCACCGCCUUCACCUACGAGCAGCUCGUGGCGCUGGAGAACAAGUUCAAGGCGACGCGCUACCUGUCGGUCUGCGAGCGCCUCAACCUGGCGCUGUCGCUCAGCCUCACCGAGACGCAGGUGAAGAUCUGGUUUCAGAACCGCCGCACCAAGUGGAAGAAGCAGAACCCGGGCGCCGACACGAGCGCGCCCACCGGCGGCGGCGGGGGCGCGGGACCCGGCGCGGGGCCCGGCGCAGGGCUGCCGGGGGGACUCAGCCCGCUCAGCCCGUCGCCGCCCAUGGGCGCGCCGCUCACCAUGCACGGCCCAGCCGGGUACCCGGCGCACGGGCCCGGCGGCCUGGUGUGUGCCGCGCAGCUGCCCUUCCUGUCCAGCCCGGCCGUGCUGUCGCCCUUCGUGCUGGGCUCGCAGACCUACGGCGCUCCUGCCUUCUAUGCGCCACACCUCUAGGCGCCUGUCUCAGGCUGUCCCGAGGGCCAGUUGGGACUCGCUGCUCGCUCAGACGCACUUUGCUGAACUGGACUCGAUCAAUAAACCACAGCAGGCCACUCCCGUCUCGCUCCCCGUGCGUGUCGGACACAGUGGGGCCCAGGGCCUCCUUCCGACCUAGGCCCUAACUCCUCCUGGCUAACCUGCUCAUCCCGCUUCACCUGAUCGGCUCCAUCCGAGCUCAGUUCAGGCAGGUGCUGGGGGACCAGGAGCACAGGGACCGAGCCUCCAUGCACGGAGCA